ACCGCACAGUUGACCACACUGCUGCAUGUCAGUGCACUCGGUGUACAUGUGUGCGUGUUGUUUGGCAUCGGCAUCGCGAGGUCUCGACAGAUUUUGAAGGAUCAUAAAAAAAAUGGAUUUAAUAAAGAAAUCACAUAAAAUCCACGAUGGACAGAGUGCGCCAAACGAUUGGGCACAUAUGACGAAAUACGAGGCUGUAGCAGAGCAGCAUCGUAUCGUCAAUAACUGGAAACCACGGAGCGACGUAUGGCCGUUGGCAUUCACACGCGGUAUCCUGGUCGGCGCGUCGACGAUCACUGCUAUGUACAUUAAUCACCGGUUCAGGGCGAGACUGAAGCUCCGGGAUUACGGGCUGUUACCCACGAUGAUGGGUGUCUCACUGGUGUCGGCCACAGCGACGGGUAUUUCCCACACAGAGGUCAUCCUGAACAAACUGAUGUCCCUGGACAUACCUUGUGCCAUGUGCAUGGAAUCUACAUCCGCCCUUAUGCAGACGUGCAGCGGGCUGCUUGUGCCACUAAUACUGACACCGCUCGCAAACUUCUCAAUCACUAGUGGCAGUUCGGUAUACAAUACGCCCUACAUAAAGGACGUGAGAAAAAUAUUCAGCACCAUCCUGUCAGUCUAUCGGCCAAUGUUCCCCAAACUUGCAUUGAUCUUCACCUUUCACUCGCUACUGGCUGGUUCCCUGACGUAUUUAGAAAUCAGAUCUUACCUUCGUGUGAUAGACCUACAAUAUCUGAUGCAAGAAGAACAAAUGGAAAGGUUGAAACAAAGCAAUAUUUAAAUUUUAUGCAUACUAUUGUUGUACAUAAUUAUAGUAAAAUAUACGAGAUAGAAAAGAGAAA